UGCCCUCGGUCCAGCCCGGCUCGGGAGCAAGGCACGGUGUGGGUGUCUUCAGGAGGAACGGCUCGUGCUUACCUGGAGAGCCUUAAUGAACCAUCUUCCAGCACGGAGAGGAUUUUGAAGAGUUGCAUUUUUUCCAGCACCUUUGGUACUUCAUUGUUGCCUGGUUUUUGUUCUGGUUACCAGGGGUGCUUUCACCUGAGUAUUUCUUCAUCGGAUGCCACAAAAGAGUGUCUAGGAAAACAAAGAAACUUGUGAUGUGGAGCUGACAGUGCUGGUUUCAGCCAGUGAAAACUUGCCGAGUCAGUGAGAAGGCAAAGAAAAAGGAAUGCCAAGGACAAUGUCAGUGAUGCCUGGUAAUUUGUCACUCAAUGGGACGAGCUUCUUCAGUGAAAAUCCUGGCAUCGAGGACAAACCCAGUGAGCAGAGGACUUGGAAUGUCUUUCUGUUCUGCUUGACUCUUACCAUUGCAUUCCCAGCCCUUCUGAGCAGCAUUUAUUCACUAGUUUCCCUGCUGAAAAUGCAGAACAAAACCACGGUGGCGAUGAUUGUGACUUCCUUGGCAGUAGAUGAUUUGAUCAGCAUCGUGCCACUGAUUAUUUUCAUGCUCAUGCAGUGGUCGAGUGAAGGCCUCUCCCAGCCUCUGUGCACCACCUCAGCACUUAUGUAUUUAUUCCAGGGCAUUUCUAGCAACCUGAAAGGGUCACUUUUAGUUUCUUACGACUUCUACACCAUCAGCACGGCUGAGACGCUGAGCUGCAGCACUUCCAAGCGUCGUGUGAGCGUGGUAUGGGCCAUCCUCAUCACCUGGAUUGUGGGUUUGCUGAUCUGCAUCCUGCCCCUCUGUGGUUGGGGCCGGUACAUCCCCACCUCCUGGGGCUGCUUCACCGACUGUGCCAGUUCCUACAUCCUGUUUGUGUUCCUCGUGUACUCCCUGUGCGUGUCCCUGCUGGCAGUGCUGGCUGUGCCCCUCACUCACCAGCUGCUGUGCUCGGCUGGGCCGCAGCUCUCACACACCGACUACCUGGAGGUCCCUGGAGGCUUCACCUCCCCCGGGACACCCGCGGCUGCCCCGGCGCUGUCCCCGCUGGACCCCGCGGAUAAAGCCCUGCAGCACUGCCAGGCCUCGGGGGCAGCUUUGGGGAAGGGCGUGGCCGGGAGUGGUGCCCUCGUGAGCAGCUCACAGAGCAGGAGCUCCACGGUGGGCUUUGCCCAGAAACGGUUCUCGCUGAUCCUCGCGCUGACCAAAGUCGUUCUCUGGCUCCCAAUGAUGGUACAGAUGGUUGUCCAGUACAUCACUGGUGUGCAGAGCCUUGUGUUUGAGGCCCUGAGCUUCCUGCUGAGCGCGCUGGCUGCCACGGCCACCCCGCUGUUCGUCCUGUCAGAGCACUGGCUGCACCUGCCCUGCGGCUGCAUCAUCACCUGCAGGAGGGAGCCCUGGGCAGGGCCUUCAGGAGAUCUCAAAACCAAACGCAGGGGUUUUGAGUUCAACCUGUCCUUCCAGCAAGGUUAUGGAAUCUACAGAAUAUCCCAGGAGAACCACCCCCACCACAGCAGUGAUGGUAAAUCCACGUCCUGCCACAGCCUGGUGGGCUCUGACUGCGAGGCCCCGGAGCCUGGCAGAGGGAAUGGUGGUGGGCCUGGGCCCAGCCCCCCAUCUGCAGGGGCCUGCAGGGGCGAGCAGGGCACACACUGUGACCCACCAGCCAUCCCUGAAGGACCAGAGUGGAGGUUGUCCCACGAGGAAAGCCAUAAACCUGAGCUCACGGAUUGGGAAUGGUGCAGGAGCAAAUCUGAGAGGACCCCUCGGCAGCGCUUGGGCGGGGCCCUGGCCAUCCCUCUGUGUGCCUUCCAAGGGACUGUGUCUCUGCAGGCUCCCACCGGGAAGACCCUCUCGUUAUCCACGUAUGAGGUGAGCUCUGACGGGCACAAAAUCACCCCCAUGGCCAAGAAAAUCGAGGUGUGUCGGUCCAAGAGCGUCGGGCACGAGCCCAGCCCGGAGGGGUCCCCUCACACGAACGUUAAGAUUCACCUGGAGGUGCUGGAGAUCUGUGACAAUGAGGAGGCCCUGGACACCGUGUCCAUCAUCAGCAACAUCAGCCAGUCCUCCACCCAGGCCAGGUCCCCCUCCCUGCGCUACUCACGGAGGGAGAACAGGUUUGUGUCCUGCGAGCUGGGGGAAAGCGCCUCCUACUCCCUGUUCAUCCCGUCCCACAGCCCCGGCAGGGACAUCAGCAUCUCCAUCCCCGACACCGUGGAGGGCCAUCGCAGCAGCAGCAGGCAGCACGUGGGCACGGGGCACCAGGAGGAGAUCCAGCUGCUCAACAAGGCCUACAGGGAGCGGGAGGGCCAGGGCAGCAGCGGCUGAGGGGGUUCUGUGCUCUGCAGCUGCUCUGCCACUGCUCCUCUGGGCUCAAGGUGCCCACACAAAUGUAGGGUCAGCUGGUUUUUCCUGACAUGAAUUUUGUUUGGGUACACUGUUAAAUCCAUUCAAACUGUUAAUGCUCUGUCAAGGGGAUAACAAACGCUCAAGUGCUUUACAGCUUUGCGUAGUGAAUUUCAAGUUAUUUAUUUAUAUAUCUAUUUAUUUGAGGAACAUACGUGUCUAGAGGGAAUCCUA